AUGAAACCAGGAAACCACACAUUGAGUGCUUCUGAAUUCCUCCUCCUGGGCCUGUGUGAGCAGCAGGAACAGCAGCCUCUCGUCUUUGGCAUUUUCCUGAGCAUGUACCUGCUCACUGUGCUGGGGAACACUGUCAUCAUAUUGGCCAUUGUCUCUGAUCCACACCUCCACACCCCCAUGUACUUCUUCCUGGCCAACUUCUCCCUCACUGAUCUGUGUUUAGCAUCUACCACAGUCCCCAGGAUGCUGGUGAACAUCCAUGCCCAUAGGAAUACCAUCACCUAUGCUGGAUGCCUAUCUCAGAUCUACUUCUUCCUAUGGUUCAUCGGUCUAGAUGUUUUCCUCCUGGCAGUGAUGGCAUAUGACCGGCUUGUGGCUAUCUGUCAUCCCCUUCGCUACACCUUGGUCAUGACUCCCAGAUAUUGUACUGGUCUGUUGGUCAUGUCCCUAACCCUCACUCAGUCAUACUCUCUGACCCACACCAGUCUCCUGACUCAGCUCAUGAGGCCUGAGAACCAGAGCAGUGAGUUCCUCCUCCUGGGGCUCCCCAUCCAGCCAGAGCAGCAGGCCAUGUUCUUCACCCUGUUCCUGGGCAUGUACCUGACCACAGUGCUGGGGAACCUGCUCAUCAUCCUGCUCAUCAGGCUGGACUCUCGCCUUCACACCCCCAUGUACUUCUUCCUCAGCCACUUGGCCUUCUCUGACAUUUCCCUUUCAUCUGUCACAGUUCCAAAGAUGCUCAUGAACAUGCAGACUCAGCAACAAUCCAUCCCCUAUAUGGGGUGCAUUUCACAGGUGUAUUUCUUUAUAUUUUUUGGUUGCCUUGACAACUUUCUUCUCACAGUGAUGGCAUAUGACAGGUAUGUGGCCAUUUGUCACCCUCUCCACUACACCACCACCAUGAGGGAGGAGCUGUGUAUCAUCCUAGUGGCUGGAUCCUGGUUCUUCUCUUGCAUCCAAGCUCUUUUGCACACCCUCCUCGUGGACCAGUUGUCCUUCUGUGCAGGGACUGUCAUCCCACACUUCUUUUGUGAUCUUGCUGCUGUGCUCAAGUCUUCCUGCUCAGACACCUCUUUCAAUGAGCUGCUUAUCCUCACUGAAGGAGGAUUGAUCCUCAUUCUACCAUUGAGUGGUAUCUUGGGCUCGUAUAUCCAUAUGGCAGGUAUCGUUCUGAAGGUCCCUUCCUUCAAAAGAAUCUCCAAAGCCUUGUCUACAUGUGGCUCCCAUCUCUUUGUGGUGUGUUUAUAUUAUGGGACAAUUGCAGGUGUUUACUUUUUCUCUUCAUCAGGCAACUCCAAAGACAAGGACAUAAUUGCUUCUGUAAUGUACAUGGUGGUCACCCCUAUGCUGAACCCCUGCAUCUACAGCCUGAGGAAUAAGGACAUGAAACAUGCUCUUCAGAAAAUUUUUAGAGUCAAGGACCCUCUUUGGUAUGGUUAA